AUGUUUAGGAUCCCCUGGAUACACAAACUCCUACCCGAGCUGGAGAAACUUGCAGCUCAGUACCACAUUGGAAACUACGUUGUGGUCAGAGGAACUGGGGAGAAGGUCUUUGAAAGUAUGCCGAUUUAUGCAAGAAUUGGCAUGCAUCUUUUGUUUUACGGCAAAGGGCAGAUUCUCCUCCUGGGAAUCGAGACGGUUGCAAACUUUCUGAAACGACUGUCGAUCAAACAAGGCAAGAUAUACGACAGUCCCGGGUCCGUGGCUUCUAUUCCUUCCUUUGUCAAGACGUAUUCUCUUUCACUCAAAGAGUUAUUGGAACCCGACAUCAAGAAAUACAGUUGUUUCAAUGAUUUUUUCUCUAGAAAACUGAAGCCAGACGCUCGGCCAGUGCAAAAUGCGCAAGAUACCCUCGGGAUAUGUAGCGCAGCGGACUGCCGCCUCGUUGUGUAUCAGACCUUCGAUUUGGCACGGGAGUUUUGGGUGAAAGGACGUAAUUUUACCGUCCCCGAGUUGUUGGAUGUUCCUCCCACCUCCGACACAGCUAUCACUUUUGAUGGUUCGAGUAUGGCGAUAUUCCGGUUGGCGCCUCAGGAUUACCAUCGCUUCCAUUGCCCCAUUGACGGCGUGAUCGAUGGAGAGCCCGUCAAUGUUCCGGGCCAAUAUUAUACAGUCAACCCGCAAGCAGUAAACCAGCCUUCGUUUGACGUAUUCACGGCGAAUGUUCGGUCGAUAAUAUACAUGACACAUGAGCCGACUGGAAAGAAAGUGGCUUUCAUUGCUGUUGGCGCGUUGUUGGUGGGUAGUGUCGUCUGGACGUACGGAGGAGAUGCGGAUGAUAAGAAGUCCGCUGCGGUGAAGAGGGGGGAGGAAUUGGGGUGCUUCAGGUAUGGUGGCAGCACCAUUGUAGCGUUGUUUGAGAGAGGAUUGCUUGAGUUUGAUGCUGAUCUCAUAAAAAACUCAGAAGAAGCACUUGAGACGCUAGUGAAGGUUGGAGAUUCUGUUGGGACUUCGGUCAAAGAGUCGUGUGCUCGUUAA